AACCUAAUUGAUUGGUAAAUUGCCGCCCAUCUUUCAAAUUCAGAGCUUCACCUCGCUUGGUGAUAUCGAAUUCAAUUGUUUGAAAAUCAUAAAGAAAACCCUAGAAAUACACUUCUGGCCGGUCCAAGCAACUGUUCUUCAGGUUCCCCUGAUCAUGGAGCCUGUUAUAUUUGUUGUCGACAAAUUAAAAGGUUUUGGGACUGCAACCCAGAAUUUCUUUGAUGGCUUAGUUCAUCGUCGCGAAAAAUCAUCUCGCCGCAAUCCGAUUGAAAUCCUGAAGCGGCUACAAAGGGAAGCAUUUUCAGAUUUAAUGAGACUCCGGGACAGGCAAGACAAGGUAGAGAAGGUACUAUCCUUUUAUAAUACACAGAGGAGUAGCCCAUUCCAAGAAAUUUCCACCCAUGUAAAAGGAGAGGUUAAUAUAUUGGGCGCAUUGCUAUUGAUGAGUGUUAUUGAUAAUCAUAGCUUCAAUACACUUCGUCGAGCAGGAAUCUCAACAGGAAUUCAAUCAAGAUUGACUUUUGAAACAACUGUAAGAGAGAGCGAUUCUCUUGUUGCAGAGUUUGUAGCCAAUCAGAAAGCCACGAUGGAUUUUGGUGUUGAUUCUGGAAGUGAACUUACUCUAUCUAAAGUUCUUUACAAGGCUAAUGUGGGAGAUUGGAUGUCUGCAAUUGUUGUUCCUGUUGGAGCUCGAUGUAGGGAUGUUGCUGUAAUUGCAAAUCCUUCUCAUCAGGAAAAGGGUCUUACUGAUACUUCAUCUUUUGGACCACCCCUUUUGGAUCAGCCUAGUGGUGGUGCCGUGGGUUUAACAGUGAGAAAAUCCAAUGUCACUGCUUCCUUAGCUCAAUUUAUUUCUACGGAGAGAAUUCAACCAAGUUUUGAUCGGAUUCGGCAUUACUUUGGUACUUUUGGGCAACUGGUGUGUCAACUUCCAAGAGGAACAAAAUUAUCGGUUCUGGGUCUUCUCCAAGCAACAAAAUUAUCUAAUCAACAUGUCAAUCUUGGAGCUCUUACAAUUCCAGUGUGUCUUAGUCGACAUAAAUCUUCUGAAACAGUUGAGGCACCUGAUCCACGUUUGUUAACAGUUUCAGGGGAAGCUAUUUCAAGGGGAUCUAUUGCUUUGCUGCUGGAGUCAGAACUUGAUGAAGUAACCAGAAUUGGAGGUUGGGUUGAGCUGAGCCAAUCAAAUCCCAAAUAUUUGCAAUGGGCUGUGUCAAUGGCUGAUAAUAAUAAUGAAGAUGCCUUAGGUUGGGGAAUGAGUUUAAGUGGGAUUCUUGGAGGUCCAUUAGAUGGGAAUCAGUUUCAGAUUGAAUCUUAUGUCAAACUGAACAUGAGUAAGAGAUUCAACUUAAAGCCAGGAAUUGCAUAUGUUACAGACGGCAAUGCCAAAAUGAUGGCCUUUUUAGUUCGGUCUAAUUGGUCUCUCUGAUUGAUCUUAUGAAAUGUGUCAUUCUUUUCCUGCCUGUGUACGUUGCCAAGAGGGUUUUGGUUUGUCUGAAAGGCCCAUAUUUGCCUCCAGCGAUUGGAUGUCUUACACUCAGAACUCUUCCAGAGGAAAAGUGAAGUGUUGCUUCCAGAAUCUUUUAUGCUAGUAAGAGUCUUAACUCUACGUGCUUAGUUAAAAUCACUUUUGUCAUUUUUAAAAUCACUUGGAGAAAAUGCUUUUAGUCAUUCAAAAUAAAUUUAAAUAAUAUGAAAAUUGAAUUUAGACGUGUAAAGUUAAGCAUUGAAUUAAUUUUGAGUGAUUAAAGCUCUAUUUUGGAGUGAUUUUAAACAUGACAAAAGGGAUCUUAGGAACUCCCCCCAAUCUAACACACACAAGGAAAACAGAGGAGCAUCAGAAAGAGUUCACGACUCUGCACAUGUUUGAUUCGUUUUAAUUUAACCCUUUCCAAGUUUCCUGAUAUUGAAUGAAAAGAGAGAGUACAUAUUUUAUCAUGUUAAAUAUUUGACUUCCUUUUUUUAAGAAAAGGUUAAAUAUUUGACUAACAAAGUGGGAUUUUUCUCCUUGAAGUGGCGGCAAAUGGACGAAGCUUAAGGAAAGCUGCUUGUCCUUGCAAUCUGCAGGGCGCAUUGCUUAAUUACUGCUACAAGGUAAAGGUCAGUGGGGGUGUAACAAAUUGCAGAAGCUGGUUCUAGUCUCUAGUCUAACUGAGGAUGAUCCUGUCAGUUUUCAUCUUAUCUCAUUUUGCCUUAGCAUCAAUACUAAGUUAGAAAAUAUAUGGUAAAGUAUUGAAUAUAUACUUUUAGUUAAAGCUUAUAGAAACUUGUUGCCUUUUUCUAAGGUAUUGUAUUUGGCUGCAUUUGCUGUUAGCUGAUCUCACACUUGUUCUUCUUUUAGCUUUUAUUGAAGCAUUUCUCGCAUUGUUUGGGAAAAGAUUACUUCUUUUAUUGACAUUUAUAUCAUAUAUUUGAAUGAUUUCCCAUUCUUGGGGAAAA